AACGAAACCGCUAGGCCUCUCCUCCCUCAGCUGAGCCAUCUUUGGCGUUUCUCUGGAGGAAAAAAACCCUGGAGUUUCCUAGUGAUGUUUUCGAGAUUCUCUGAAGAUUCUUUGAAAAAUAAUUUUGAGGGUCCCUGAUUACCUUUGGCCUCCAGAACCGUGUCCGAGAAACUGGGGCCUCUUUCCAUAGCCAGGACUUGUCUGGGUUUACCUCCCCCUCAAUGCCCAUCUUUGGCCAGGGCGAAGACACCCUUUAGACCACAUAGAUAAUACACAUCCCGCAGCCUUAGCGUUGGCUUCAGAACGGCAGUCAUGUGGCACAAGUCGGUGUGCGUGGCCUUGGUGGCCCUGGCAACCGGCUAUGUCUUCUUGCUGGACCCUGAUCUGCCGGACUCGGUGCUGGAAUACGUCUCGGCCUCCUUCCUGUACCAGCUGCCCGUGUCCCCGGAAAGCAGCAUGGCAGCUGCCUGGGACUCGCUCAUCAUCCAACCGGCCAAGCAGUGGAGCAGAGUUGCUGUUGGGGUCAAUGCCUGCGUCGAUGUGAUCCUUUCGGGUGUGAAGUUGUUUCAGGCCCUCGGUCUAGAUUCCGGAGACGGACGAGACCACUCGGUCUUGCAUUCCAUGGCGGAUCUGAAAGAAGCCUUCGCCCACUACAUGGGGAAGGGCGCUCUGUACGUGGGAGGAAACGCUGCUCUUAUUGGCCAGAAAAUCGCGAUGAAUCCAGACCUGAAGGUUAUGUUGUGCGGCCCGAUUGGUCCUAAACUCCACGAGCUGCUGGACGAAAACGUAAUUGUCCCUCCAGAGUCCAUGCAAGAGUUGGACGAAUUUCAUCUCAUACUGGAGUAUCGAGCAGGAGAAGAGUGGGGGCCGCUGAGAGCCCCAAAUGCCAACCGCUUCAUCUUCUCCCACGACCUGUCCAACGGGGCCAUGAACAUGCUGGAAGUGUUUGUGUCCAGUCUGGAAGAGUUUCAGCCGGACCUGGUUGUGCUGUCCGGUCUGCAUAUGAUAGAGGGGCAGAACAAGGAGGUGCGUCAGAAAAGGCUCCUGGAGGCAGUGGCUGCCAUCUCUGACAUUCCCACGGAUGUCCCCGUGCACCUGGAGCUGGCCAGUAUGACCGACCCAGACCUUAUGAGUGAGAUAAUUCAUCAGGUCUUUCCUCUCGUGGAUUCGAUCGGCUUGAAUGAACAGGAGCUGCUCUUCCUCACACAGGCAGCCACCGGGCCCCACGCCUCGUUGACAUCCUGGAACGGAAUCCCAGACGUGGGAGUCGUCAGCGACAUCCUCUUCUGGAUCCUGAAGGAGCACGGAAGGACUCCGACGAAGGCCUCGGAUAUGACCCGGAUCCAUUUCCACACUUUGGCCUAUCACAUCCUAGCUACUGUGGACGGCUACUGGGCCAACCAGGUUGCGGCCGUUGCCGCAGGCGCCAGAGUGGCGGGCACACAGGCCUGCGCCACGGAAACCAUCGACACAAGCAGAGUCUUCCUUAAAGCCCCACGGGAGUUUGCCACUUCCCGGAUAGGGGAAUCUUCUACAGUCUCCUUGAAUCCUAGCGAACCCGUGUCCGAGUGGCACAGGGAUGGCAUUUCGUUCCACUACACUCCAGUCCUGGUGUGCAGAGAUCCGCUGCGGACCGUUGGCCUCGGCGACGCCAUUUCUGCGGAAGGACUCCUCUAUUCCGAAUUCUCUUCUCAAUAACCUGUGUGAAUCUCCCCAUAGCAGUCUGAGCUGUGCCAUGCAGAUGUGGGCUGGAACUCAGCACUUCAUGGAAGAACCAAAGAUUAAGUUGGGUCCAGUCUAGCAGCCUGGUGGGAUCAUGGGGAUGCUUGACAGCGAGGCAGUUAAAUAUCGGGAUCGCCUCCCCACCCCCCAGAAUGGCAGCUUGAAACCAAAGCAGCUGCUGCUUUAAGUCGAUGGCGUGCAAUGACUUUAAAAGCUGCACACCGAGACGUGUGCGCUAUGCCCAGUCAUCCCAGGAAGUCUGUUAGUCCAUUACAACUGUCUUGUUUCAGGGAAGGCAAAAGGCAGCUGCGUUGCUUCUUUGCGUUGCGACAUUCCUCCUGUGGCAAGAGCCGGCCUCCCCCUUCACCUAGCAUCCCACCAAACGAGCAGUCCUAAAACGCGUCCUGUUGGCCCCGCAAGUCGGGAGGUACCUCAAAAGCUUCACUGAGAGAAAAAGUGGCAUUUCCACCAAAAGGACCGUUGGGAACUGCGCCUGGACAUCCACAAAGCAGCCAAAGUCAGCUAGGUUUUGCGUGAGAGACUUGAUCGUAUGUACUUCCGUAGCUGGCGUUUGCAAACGUCUACCUUUUGACUUUUGUUUUAGAGCUACAGGCAGACAAAACCUAUUAGGUGCUGCGUCGAUACGAGGCAGUAACUGGAGGUUGUCAAAAAAGAAAAGAAAAGGAGAGCCGUCGUUUAAUUUUACUCAGCAGCUUGUUUAACACGGGGAAGGGGGAAACCUAGUCUGGGUCAAGUGCCAAAGAAUCCGAACGCAUUCCAAAAGCACCAAGAGAACUCCUUUUUUUUUGUUCCAGAUAAAUGCCAACCUUUCCAGCUGGGGGAAAAUAAAAUAACUGACUUACUCUUCCAUUCCUGGCUUCCUCUAUUGGCGUGGGAGUCCGGAGGUCACAUGGCCUGCAGGCAAACAUUUCUCCAGAGCUCAGGAAAUUGCCUCUGGCCAUUGUGUACAGAUCUUUGCUGUUUUUUCUCUUGCAUUCCACUUCUCUCUCUCUCUCUCU